ACUGUACACAACCGCCCAUGGCAGCUGGGUGCGCCGCAAGAUAGAUUAUCCGGCAGGUCCAGCGGGGUUUCACUGAUUGGGCGGUUGCGCAUUGGGAGCAUAUCACUCAUCACUUCGACUCUCUCACUGUUAACCUCUGGCGUCCCUCUUUCUUUCCUUCUCUUCUCUCCCCUCGCCAGCUUCGCAGCGUCCUGUAAAUCAACUUUCUUGCCACUCUUCUAUCCAGAACGACCCUUCUUGCACUUCACAUUCGCCUCCACUAGAAGCAGCCAUGGCAGACGCGAACGCCCCCAUGCCUGGUGACGCUCCUGCGCAAAGCACAGAGCAUCUCAAUAUCAAAGUGACCGACAACAACAACGAAGUCUUUUUCAAGAUCAAGCGAUCCACACAGCUCAAAAAGCUCAUGGAUGCAUUCUGCGAACGGCAAGGAAAGCAGCCCUCAACCGUCCGCUUUCUUUUCGACGGUACUCGCGUUCGCCCAGAAGACUCGCCCGAUACGGUAAGGGUGACCUAUGUUACUCUCAGCGCAUUUGGACAACAUGGCUAACGAAACAUGUGCUGCUUAGCUCGAUAUGCAAGAUGGGGAUA